AUGGCCGCCGCAGCUCCAACAAAAUGGCUGCCGUGGUUGCAAAAACAGAGCGCGGCCUACCGCGUGGUGAUCAUGCGGCACUGCCACGGUAGAAAAAACUGCUCAGCAAGCGGCCAGGGGCCACGGGGAGCAGGUGGGGAAUAAGGGAGAAGGGUAUGGGCGACAGAGCCCAGGAGGGGAAACAGAUUACAGGCAGAGCCAAAGCAUCAUAGCAUGGGCACCCAUUCCCCAUACAGCAGAGUGAGAAAACAGAAUAAAGUAACCCAGAAUAACAAUAAAUCAAUGAGCAGUAUACAAAAUCUGUCAGAUAAAUAGCCUUAAAGGACCACUCUAGGCACCCAGACCACUUCAGCUUAAUGAAGUGGUCUGGGUGCCAGGUCCUUCUAGGGUUAACCCAUUUUUUUAUAAACAUAGCAGUUUCAGAGAAACUGCUAUGUUUAUGAAUGGGUUAAGCCUUCCCCUAUUUCCUCUAGUGGCCGUCUCAUUGACAGCCACUAGAGGCGCUUGCGUGCUUCUCACUGUGAUUUUUCACAGUGAGAGCACGCCAGCGUCCAUAGGAAAGCAUUAUGAAUGCUUUCCUAUGUGACCGGCUGAAUGCGCGCGCAGCUCUUGCCGCGCGUGCGCAUUCAGCCCAGGAGGAGGAGAGAAGGAGGAUCGGAGGAGGAGAGCUCCCCGCCCAGCGCUGGAAAAAGGUAAGUUUUAACCCCUUUCCCCUUUCCAGAGCCGGGCGGGAGGGGGUCCCUGAGGGUGGGGGCACCCUCAGGGCACUAUAGUGCCAGGAAAACAAGUAUGUUUUCCUGACACUAUAGUGGUCCUUUAAUACAGCAACAGAUGUUAACAAGUGAUACAGCAGCUACAUAGCAUGAAGUGGUAUAGGAAAUAACACAGAAUAGACUGCCUAGCUAAACCCAGCAAUAGACUGCCUACAUAAACACAGCAAUAGACUGCCUACAUAAACACAGCAAUAGACUGCCUACAUAAACACAGCAAUAGACUGCCUACAUAAACACAGCAAUAGACUGCCUACAUAAACACAGCAAUAGACUGCCUACAUAAACACAGCAAUAGACUGCCUACAUAAACACAGCAAUAGACUGCCUACAUAAACACAGCAAUAGACUGCCUAGAUAAAACCAGCAAUUAAGCUGCUUAAACAAACCUAACAAAUAGACUGAUUAAAUAGACUGUUUAAAUAAACAAGCAGCAUGUAGGAUAAAACAACAACCAAGAGCAGAGACAACUCUGAGUUGGUGAGUGCUCACUUGGAGGCAGCAGCAAAGAAAGAGGAAGUGGAAGAGCCUGCUUAGGGGUGUUAUACUACUGUUGCUUUGUUCUGAUUGGUUGUUUUGAAAAGUUCUGUUAACUGUUUCUUUUUGGCUGGAGGUUUCAGUAAAGAAGGUAAAGCAAAUAUGAAGCCUCCUGUCCUGCCAUAAAAUUUAGGAUACUGUUGCAGAUUUUAAAAGGAUAUACACAUUAUAACCAAUACAGUCCAAAACCAAAAGAUACUUGGAAAAGGGCAAUACUUAAACAUUUAAAUGAAGGUCUUCCCCUUGCACCUUCAUCUUUGGUAGUCUGGGACAGUCUCUCUCAGUUCACCAUGGCACCUCUGCUUGCUGCGCUCCUCCCCAAAAAGAGCGAGAGAGAGACCCCAACCUCCUUGGCUGCUGUCCUUUUAAAGAAUGAUUCUUGCAGUCAUUAAAGGGACACUGUAGUCACUAUAAGCAUUUCAUCUCUUUGAAUUGGUUAUAGUGCCUGGAGUGCCCUGGCACUGUCCCUCAUUCAGUAUUGCACCAUGUUCGUGCAGUAUGCCACAAAAUAAGAGUCCCUGGCCACCCACAGUCCGGCCCCUUCAGUAUGUGUAGCUAAGGCAGAGAUUACACACUUCCUUGUUGUCAUACCCAUUCAUACGUCAGUUGGAACUCUGACAGGCUAAAAGCAGUCAGCUGACACUCUCAGCCAAUCACAGCUGCCUAUUGCUGCUCAGGCUAAUACUUCCUUAUUAGCCAAAGCAGCACAGAGGGGAUGGAUUGCCAGGGAAUCUUGUUUAGCAUUAAAACAUUAAGUUUAAAAACUGUUUAAUGCUGAAAGAAAUGAUGGUACCAGAGGACUCCAGACACUAUAACCAGUUUAAUGAGAUAAAGCAGAUACAGUGCCUACGGUGUCCCUUUAACUACAAGUCCCAUAAUCCCUUUUCCCUCCCAAAAAGUGGUUUAUCCAGCCCCCUUUUUCCAGAGAGUUCUGUCUCUACACAAGUCCUUCCCUUUUGAUCUCUUCCCUCCAGCUAUACUGUAACAUACUGUAAGAAGUGACCAGUUAGGGUUAGUUUCUGGGUAGAUUGUACAGGAUGGCUUGGGAAAACACAAACUUCAUGGUUACACCUAGAUGUUAAUUACUCUGAUCUUCUGAUCUCCUGAUAACAUGACCCUUGAAACCUUUAUAGUAAAGAUGUACACACAUUUGUACCCUUUGAUGACAACCAACUUUGAUAUGUAAAUGGAAUUCCAUUGUGAAACCAGAUAGCUUAUUACAUAAUUGACCUUCACAAUGUCAAUAUAUUAAAAUAGAAAAUAUAUAUAUUUUUUUUAAAGGCACCCUAUUUCUUACACAGGGACAAAGUCAGAGCUUGAUAAAGGUUAAGAAUGAGAUCAGGGAACUGGUAAACAAACUUAACAAGCAGGAUCUUAAGGUGUUGUUUGUGGAGGUACUACCUGGUAAAGGUAACAUGGGUUUUGGAAGGUUAAUGGUUGGCUAAAGUUAUGCGGGAGAAAAGGGCUUGGGGGAGUGUGUGUGUGUAUUAUUGUUUAUGGGUGAGAAUACACCAUUGAAAAAGGUUACAUGCUGUAUGACAUAUAAUACAUCAGAGACAAUAUGCAUUGUUUCAUACCCAGUUGUUUAAAAAAAAAAAAAUGCAAUUACACGAUAAAUGUAACUGAUGUGCAUGAGGCAGAAAUUUGAAAAUAGAGUAGUGAUGCAAUACCGUAUUUGUGUUUUUUGUUUAUUUACAGCACUGGACUGAUUCUUGCACUUGAGUACAAUUUGUAUAACUGUGAUGGUUUGAUCCUGAAAGGAGCUGGUCUUCUCUGAUUGAGGAGAUGAUGGUUAGACAGGUUACAAACUAGGAAGAAAGACAAGAGACUCAGACAUUUAUAAAAUGUAGAUAAAACCGAACAGAGUACGGAGUAAGCUGAGACCAAGGGGGUGGAGACCACGGGAAAUCAUAUGAUAACGACGGAAAAUAGGGACAUAUGAUCAUUUUAUAAAAAUCACUGAUAGACCGACCACUCUGGACCAUCUUUCCUGGUUGUCCAGCAGGGUUAAUAAGUAAUCUCUUGUGGUUCAGUAGGGGAGUAUACAGUCUGCACAGGCUGAGAAUCCCAGCAGCUACAUUCUGACUCCUUCACUGAGUGCAGGAACUGCAAGAGAGCAGGUAAAGUGUUCUGCACCAGCCAGAAGUGUAGAAUACGUGCUUUCCCAUCGGGCUACCAGGAAUUUAUUCUUAUUUAAGUUUAUGGCUGAUUUGGCAAUGUAUUAAAUAAACAUUAAUUUACACUCUUGUCUGUACUGCUCUGGUGAGAAAUGACAUAGUGUAGAAUUUAAAUGUUUUGCCUUUUAUUCAAAUAUUUAACAUGUUUACAUAUAUAAUUUUAUUGACUUUUUUUCUUUUUCAGACAAUAUGUGCCCUAAUUUGUUGUCGACCAAUUGUGCUUCCAGAGUAUUUCAACCAGCUGAUCAAAUCCAUUAGACAGAAGCAAACACGACCUGCAUUUACAAGGUACUACUGGGUUUACCUUACUAGAGUAAAAACACUAAAUGCAAAUAGAUAUAUUGAAGUUCAGUGUUUGAACUGUUUGAUAUAGUGUACUGACUGUACCCAAAUAAGUGUCAGUUGUAUGGGUUAGAGAUAACUGUGUUUCAGAGUUUUUCCAAGAAACAUUAUGAUGUUUUAGCAUUAGUUUAAGAGCAGGGCAUUCACUCUAUUCAAUAGUUUCACAUAACUGCAGAAAUCACUACAGCCCUCUUACUGCGAGAAUUACCAGGAGGAAAUGUAUACUUAAUUCUGUCCUUAUACAUGACUGUUCAGCUUUAAUGGUAAUAUCAGGACUGGCUCUGAGGCACUGUGAAGAUAAUAUUUGAGUUGGUAUCAUUUUCAGUUAGCUACAGUCCCCUGAAUGCUCUUACUUAAAGGAUGUCAAACCCAUCUUUAAUGUAAAUGUAGUUCUGGGGUGCUUUCUUUAGGUGAUCACCAUCACAAUGUUUACAAACAAAGAUGUAGGCUUAAAGUGUUACUGCAAUCAUCACACCACUACAGCCUGCUGUAUUAGUUAUGAUGUCACGAGAACUCUGACCCUGUUUGCCAAGACUUGAGCAAACCAUUUUACCCUCUUACCUGUCUCCCCACGAAGCUACAAGGGUCCUCUGAGGCCGAUGACGUGUCCAACUUCUGCCUAAGCGAGAUGCUGAUCUCGCUGGCUAGUCACUCUCGGCCAAUGAUGGUAACUUUGUGCAAAGAAAUAUGCACAGAAUUGGCAAUAGCCAUCCUGGAUCUCUUCCUCCGGGCUAGCUAUUGAUGUUACCAGAGGGGGCAUUACACCUCCUUUAGGGGUAAAGGGGUAAAUGCUUUAUGUGCAGCUGAAAUAGCCAUGGUGCUUGGAGUAACUCUUUACCAUUAAAAAUACUGUUACUUAAUUAGACAUGUGUAAAAAAAAUAAAAAAAUAAAAAUGUUUAGGGUAUUUGUCCUCAUAAAAUGUCUUAAUGUCAAACAAAUCUAAUCAUCCAAUAACCAAUUCAAAAAUGAAAAUAUGAAUCGGUUCGUUAUGAACUAACCGAAUUUCGCAAAACUUUUGCACCAUAACAAUGCUAAUUUCUUUAUGGUAAUGAAAAUAACUAUGCCUUGGAUUUUAUUAUGCGAUUAGACAUUUGUGAUCCCUUAUAGGCGGUGUGUUCCCUCCCCAGCUUUGAUGUUUUAAGUGAAAUACCUUUCCUCAUAAAAUACAUAAUGUUAAAUGUAAAUAUAUUUAUUUUUAACGCUAGAUAAUUUGUUGGUCAGUUAAGAGGUAGGUGUUCCUUCUGUAUAAAUUAAAAGAAGAAAUUGUUAUAAAACUCAAGUUAAAUCAAACGCUGGGUUGUCCUCCCCGGAGCUAACACUCCACUUAUCUUCCAUAUGACUUUUGUUUAAUCCAGUGCUUCUCUUAUUGCAUGCAGCAAUCACCACGCUCUGCAAAUUAGAUGCUUCUCUGUGAGAAGCAUUUAGAGUGUUGGUCAUAAAGACCUUCAGUUUUCAAAGAAACAAAGGAAAUGCCCCUAGUUUUACCUCCAAUAGCGGCAUGUUCUCUUACAAAUUUAAAGUUAACAUUUGUGAGAGAAAAGUGUCAGCAUCUGGUUCUUUGAGUGUUCCUUUAAAUAUAGUGUGCUGAUAAAUACAUUCUCUAGAACUCUGUUUUGGUUUGAAAAUUGAUACUCCUAGAUUUGGAUCCCUUGCUCACCUUACUUAACCCCUUAAGGACCAAACUUCUGGAAUAAAAGGGAAUCAUGACAUGUCAGACAUGUCAUGUGUCUUUAGGGGGUUAAAGAAGCAUUAGCCACACUUGACAGUGGCGAUGUCCACCAGAAAGAAACAAUUGUGUGGGAUUGCUGCAUCUUUUAAGCAGAGGGAACCGACCGGCAUUUCAGAUCUGGAACCUCCCUUUUGAAUGGGAUCAGACUGUAAUGCACAUGAUUUAGGUUCUCUCUGUAAUGCACAAUAUGUAAAGGGCAAGUUGUUGUCUGUUAUCAUUAUUUUUCUCGUGUGCUCUGUUAGUUUCAAAAUAUUAAUAUAGGCUAGUGUGUUAGUCCAACAAAUGGGUAUGUACAUUAAAAAGUGAGUUAUGUUUGCAGAACUAGAAAAGAUGUGUGCAUAAUAGCAGAUUUGGUUAGGAAGCUUCAAUUCAGCACUAUCAGUAUUCCAAAUUGUCUAUUUUGUCAAAAAAAAAAAAAGCAAGUCUGUUCUCCAUAACAACUUGUUGUUUAGCAGAAGGGCCUUUCCUAAUUAUUGUGAACACAGGCACUAAAACAUUUUCUUCUUUACACAGCUUCAUUCCCUCCAUUGACGAGCCUUCAAUUAAAUCUGAUACUGUUGACCUCUCGGAUAAUGCAAAAAGAAAAGAUAUCUUCAAAGGCAAAGUCUUCAUAUUUUUAAGUGCUAAACAGGUAGGCAGUAUGUUAUUUCAUUUAAGGGGGAUUUUACUAUGUGCAGGCGAAUGUAAAAUGCUGGUAUUAUUAAAAAAACAAAACAAAAAAACUAACCCAGUUCUAAUGGACGUGCUCUACAUGUGCAUACUAAAUACUAGUGCUCUCCACCUCUAGGAAUUAGUAAUUAAACAUGCAUCGUGACCCUCUUAUAUCUUUAUGUUUUUAAAUUGUAAGCUCACAAGCCAUUUAGUUUACUACUUUGUGUAAAAUGCUACAUCCCUGCUCACGGGCAGGGUCCUCUAUUUCUUUAGCAUUGCUUUGUCUAUUCCAUGGGUAGUCAAACUGGUCUUGUGGGCGGUUUGGGAUUUCAGACGGGCGGUGGUGGGUUCUGCAGAAAACGCCUGGUGGGCCUCGAUGGCCCUGGACCAAGGCUGGCAGGGGAGAUCUUUCAUCUCCCCUGCCAGCUCAUUCUGAACCAGAUCAAAGAUAUCCCUCCCCAUAACAACACUCCGGUACAGUGCUGUGCUCGCAGUCAACCUGCAGCUAGGGAAGCUGCAGGCUAAAAUGAUCAUGCCACUACUGGACCACCAGGGCUUGUAGCAUUAUGUCCCUCCUCCCUGGUGGAAGGGGAGGCUUUAAGAUAGAUUUUCACAUCUCACCCAUCUACACACAGCAUAGACCCUACGCACUCGUCACACAAAAACACUCACUACACCCCUAACACACACACACCUCCCCCCUUACUCACAGCCUGCCCCUCACACACACUACUACACCACACACAAACACUCAUUGCCUCCCCCUCACACUCAUUGCCUCCCCCUCACACUCAUUGCCUCCCCCUCACACUCAUUGCCUCCCCCUCACACUCAUUGCCUCCCCCUCACCCUCAUUGCCUCCCCCUCACCCUCAUUGCCUCCCCCUCACACACUCUCCGCCCCUCACACACUCUCCGCCCCUCACACACUCUCCGCCCCUCACACACUCUCCGCCCCUCACACACUCUCCGCCCCUCACACACUCUCCGCCCCCCCACACACCUCCACCUCACACACACACUCUCCGCCCCUCACACACACACUCUCCACCCCUCACACACACCCCUCACACACAUUCUCCACCCCUCACACACACACUCUCCACCCCUCACACUCUCCACCCCUCACACACACACACACACCUCACCCCUCACACACACACACACACACACACACACACUCCCACCCCUCACACACACACACACACACACACCUCACACCUCACACACACACUCCACCCUCACACACACACACUCCACCCCUCACACACACACACACUCCACCCCUCACACACACACACACUCUCCACCCCUCACACACUCUCCACCCCUCACACGCACACUCACACUCCACCCCUCACACGCACACUCCACCCCUCACACGCACACACUCCACCCCUCACACGCCACCCUACGCGCACACACACUCCACCCUUCAGACACUCCACCCUUCACACACAUAGCACCUCUCAGAAACACUGCCACCCUCACACGCACACACUGCAACCCAUCAUACACACACUGGACCCCUCACACCUACUGCCCCUCUCACACAUACACUCGAACACACACAGCACCUCACAGGCACACAAUGAAAAAAGUAGAAUAGAAAAAGGGAAAACAAUAUAUAAAUUUAAGUACAUGUGUUGUUGUUUUUUUGUUUAAACCUCCUUUCUAAAAAAAAUAAAUUGUACUUGCGCUCUAAAAUUAGUUACUGUGGCACUGGAGGGCGGUAAGGAAAUGUUACCAUCAACAAAAGAAACAAAAGUGGGUGGUAGGUAUUAAAAGGUUAACUACCCCUGGUUUAUACUGUACUGUCUAUUUUCCCUGAUUGUACAGCACUAUGAAAUAUGUUGGUGCUUUAUAAAUUGAGAUUGGAAAUGAUACAUGGGAAAUGUUUGCUCCAAUUCUCAUUAUUAACAUUCAUCAUACGGCGUGAAAAACUUUGUAAGAAGUGUAUUGUAUUCCUCAUUUGUUUUACUUAAGGUAUGACUUUAUUUGUUUUUGUCCUCUAGUGAUCCCUACUGUUUUCUGAUUCAGUGGUUCUUAUAGUAACCACAUUAUCUUAAUCUGUGGUUCUUUUUAGGCAUAUCUUCACCCAUGUUGUCAAUUUAAAUACAAAGAAACAAGUUCUGCGCUCAAACUCCCAUCACUCCUGGGCAGCAGCAAUGACUAUAGUACACAUCAGCCAAAAUACAUAUAGUAAAACCAAAGAGAAAAAAAAAAUUACCUGUGCUCCUAAAUCCCUAUGUAUUUUUAAACAAAUGGAGGGUUUUAGUUACCUCCAAUGGACAUGAGAGGGUAUGCUCACCUGCCACGUCAAGGCAGACCUCUUAGGUGGGUCCUAACUCUAACCACUUGCCCUGUUGUCAAUUUACAUGAGAUACAAUGUAACAUCAUCUAACUAUACUGUUUUGGGAAGAAUGUGGGUAUUUUAAAUAACUAUGAUAGUGAUUCCUGAACCUAUCUGCUUGAGACGCUGUAUUGUCAAAAAACUGGAGAGAGCUGUACCUUUAGAUAGUUAAGCUGUUUAAAUUACUCUGAUUGCUUUAUAACCUUCUAAAUGCUAUGCUUCAUUUUGCAGUACAGAAAACUUAGCCCAGCAAUUACUUUUGGGAGUGGAGAAGCAAAACUGUUGAAGGGAGAUUUUAAUGAGCCAUCAAUAUUGGAAAAUCCUUCAACUUGUGUGAUUGACGUGGGAGUAGCAGACUCACAACUCUCUGAGUCUUCACCAACCUGGAUCAACUCUAUUCUCAAUGUGCUCCAAAGGUUAAACAUGGCACUUGUUUACAUACCAGUUAAUUUACUCUGGUUACAUUAUUCACUGCUGACUGCUUUUAAGCUACAACAUAUAAUGAAUAGUUUUCUGUUUAAUAUAAUUGUAGCAGGUGUUUACGCCUGGCUACUUUUUAUAACUUUUUUAAAAAAGAUUUACUAGCCUACUUGUUUCACUGUAGAGUCCUGAUUUAUAUUAAAGGAGCAAUUACGUAAACACAAACAUGUCAGUUUUUACGUAACCCCCCGGCAGUAAAUAAAGGUUUAAUCCUUUUUCUACCUGAUUCUUGCGCCAAUGUUGCUCAGCGCUGGGUCGGGCUCUUCCUCCUAAAUCAUGGCGAUUCUGGAACUUAAUGAGCAUGUGCAAUGAGCGCUGCACAAUCAUUAUGCCUCCCCAUAAGACCGCAUUAAAUCAAUCAGGAUUUUCUAGACAAUGGAUGUCCUCAUGCAAAGUGAGAGGACAUCCAGCGUCUUUUUGCAGAUUCAAACCCCGUGAACCUUCAGUAAGCACCUCUAGCAGCACUAGAGGCAGUCUUAAACCUGCAAUGUAAAUUAAAACAGUGUUUCUCUUAAACUGCAACAUAUUACAUUGCAGGGUUAAGGUAUCAUGGACACGGCACCUAGACCACUUCAAUGCGAUGAAGAUGUCUGGGUGCCUAUAGGUUUUAUCUUACUUGUAUACUUCUGGAUUAAGCAAACUCCUCAGAUGUUGUGGUCUACAUUUCCAUAUCUACAACUGAAGUGGUUGUCAUUUCUAGCUAGCGUGCUUACUGAUCACAAGACUAGCUUGAGACUUUGUUCUGUAAUAUUGCACUGAGCAUGUAUAUUGUGUUCUUUUAAUUUUAUGAAACAAAUAAUAAACAUCUCUCUUCCUUUAACAGUAAAGAUCUAAGAGCAAUCCCAGAGGCAGAAAUAGGUUUAGCGGUUCUCUAUAUGUCAACAGAAAUAUAUUGUAAUCCUCAAAGAUGCUCAGCAAUUGGAAAUCUGACUGGUAUGUCAAUACUGUUUUCUGAUGUGUGUAAAAAUAUAUGUAAUACAUGUGUUCCAAAAUGUAGAAUAUAAUUUUAAAAAAAUUAAGAGAUAAGUUUGUUUGACAAAUUAAUCGUAAGUUUAUUAAAGGGUUUCUCCAAUCUUUUAUCAUGUAAGAUAGAAUAAUGCCCCAUAAUACAUUAUUCGAUCAGUCACACCCACCAAAAACUUUCAUAGAGCGUUUUUUUUUUUUUAAAUAAAUAAGAGAAACCGUCAAAGCAUAUAUCAUUGAUCUAUUCUAUUUGGUCUUGAUAUUUUUUAGGUAACUGACAUGAAUGGAAAAGAGAAAAGAAAACCACUACCAAUAAGUGUCUCAAUAACAUAAUCAAUAUUAUCAUAAGUUAGAAAGUUAGAUGUUAAAAUAUAACUUUUAAUAGAUUUCUAAAAAGUAGAAAUAUGAAAAUAGAUUAAAUAAAAACAGAAAGCACAAGGCUAAAUCUAAGUCCUGUGAUCUAGCUAAGUCUAAACACUGAACCCGCCAAUAGCAAAAGUAGCCAAGAGAGUAUCAGUGAGAAAGAAGAUACUUAGUAAAUCAGAGUAUAUCACUUGCUGCAAACCUGUAUAGCAAGAAUGGUAGAAGGGAGCACAGAGUUCCAGGCUCUCCUGCAGUAAAGAGUCUACUGGAUUUAAAAGAGAUGUCUCUUGUGCUCCAGAUAUCCUAAACAACACCCCUGUGUGGUUAGGAAGAUAAUAAUACAAUAUUUAUCAGUGUAGAUAAAGUACCUAGAGCACAGGAGGUAUAAGAAACAGAAAGACCGCUAGGGUUAGUAUGUUGCAAUCAAUUAAAUAAAAGGUAUGAAAUGUAAUAGUCCUAGCGCUGGCUGGUAGGUAAAGAUCUAAGUGCCUUCGAGGGCACCCCCUAUAAAAUGCCUAUACUGUCUCUAUAACCCCCCAUUAUCAGCUAGAAAACGAGAUCGCUUUUAUCUAGGCAUCCAUUUUUUCUUAGUCUCGUUAGCUUCUAAUGGGGGGUUAUAGAGACAGUAUAGGCAUUUUAUAAGGGGUGCCCUCGAAGGCACUUGGAUCUUUACCAGCCAGCGCUAGGACUAUUACAUUUCAUACCUUUUUAUUUAAUUGAUUGCAACAUACUAAACCUAGCGGUAUAUAAAUAAAACAAGGGUGUAGAAGAUAGCCAGCACUCAAAGUCUUUAGAAAAGUAGAAGUUCUUUAUUGAAGAUUCCCAAUAGUCAACGUUUCAGCUCACGCAGGAACUUUCAUUAGAACAAAGUAUCAUACUGUCCUGAUGAAAGUUCCUGUGUGAACUGAAACGUUGACAUAUAUAUAUUUUGUACUACAGACCUUCAGCCUAUCCUCCUCCACUGAAGUUAUCAGUUCUUUUGUCCAAUCAAAUGUUUACCCUCUUAAAGAAAUAUUUAGGGCAUUUGGCAAUUCUGCCAGUCUAGUGGCAUUAGCUGUCUUCAGUGUCCUUGUGCUUUGCAUGCUACAGCAAAUGUGAAGUCCUUCGACAGUUGUAGAACUUCAGGGGGAAGAGCUUUUAGUGAAGUUGUGUUUUGGGCCAAAUUUUAAGCAUUGCAGCAUCUCAGAAAUGCCAUUAGGAUGUAAUGAUUUGGGUGAUUAGAGUGUCCCUUUAAGCAGAGCACAUCAGUAGUUGACUUGACUAAUUACUUACUAUUCUGACAUAUCAAAAGAUGCUUUAAAGUUUUUGUUUAACUUUGCAGAUAUUCCCAAGACGAGCAUUAUUUCUCAAAGUAUGGCUGUUGAUGAGACUGUGCUACCUGCACCCACUCUAAACACCACUGCCUAUGUUGCAAAUACAGAACCGCAAGAUCAAGCAAAUACUUUGUGAGUAACAUCCGUUUUUGUGUGGUGUAUUGAUAUAUAUUUUGUAUCACUUUUAUGAAGUGACAAAGUGGGAACGCUCUGUUAAUCCCUGAAGUACCUAAACAAGCUGAAGUACUUAAAGAGUGUCCAUUCAACAGAGUGUCCCUUCUUUCUCACUUUACAACUGAUGAUUUCAAGAGAAGUGUAUCGAUUGUAGCUGGUAGGGCAUACUUCCUAAUUUCUUUGAACAACAGCACCAAGUGGAAGGCAUUGAGAAGUUCUGCAAGUGCAGUGCGGAAAUCGCCUAAUGAAAAGGCAUUUUUUUUUUUUUUUUUUAAAUAAUAGGUGGGAAGGGCAGCAACUGAGGCCUAGCAACCUCACCAACACUUCACCAAAUGAAUUUCUUUAUAACUUUUUUCCCUUAACUUUAGGACUGGUAAUGUUUUUGAAACUAAUUCACGUUGUCCACAUUAUAUAAAAUGUGCAUAGUACUUUGCAGACUCCUUGAAAGGAAUAAUGUAAUGGUUUUCAGCAGAUCUAUUAAUGUGGAUCUUGGUGAGAGAUUUUGAAAGUUGUUUUUUUUAUUAUUAUUAUUAUACAUAUUUGUUUCAUCGGAGAGUUGUACAGAAAGAUACAGUAAUGAUGCAAGCAAUUCUUACAUUACAUGUGAGUUGUUGACAGUAGAAAAAAAUGCAGAGAUUGGGUUUACAGAGUGUACAGGGUCAUUCUAUAGUUUACAUAUAACCCAUAGCUGCUAAUGAGCUUGCUAGUUCUAUAGUUUACAUAUAACCCAUAGCUGCUAAUGAGCGUGAUAGUUAGUUGCAAAAAGGUAUAAGCACAACAUUGUGAAAGACAGAAAUUUAGUUCUACAUCUGACCGGGAUCAUAUGUGUGGUUACGUCCCGCGUAGCUCAAGUGUCUUGUAGUAGAACAUGCCAUUUGUUCUAUUUUUAAUCAGACCUGCUUUGCCUCUCUACAAAUUCCAUUGGAGUAGUUAAAGUGUUGACAUGUCAGUAGGUCUUAUAGCUCCAUCUGUUGGUCUCUAGUCAGCCUUGCAGGAAUUUGCGCCUUAGUUUAGGCGAUAGUGUGGUGGCAAGAUUUACCCCUCAUAUUUAGGAUCCAGGGUUGCCAAAUGGCUAGUAUUUAAAUGCUUAUCCUAAGGUAGACCACCUUAUUUCCUCGAGUGUAUGUAAAUAUUCUAUUUUAUUUAUUUAUUAGGGCUUGGAUGGUAGGAGCUGUGGUUGAUCCCUAUAGGCUGGUGACUUAUCAUCCUGGCUGCUGUCAGUAUGAAAUAAGUCACCAAUGCUUUGUAUUUGUAGUGGGGAAUCUUUAUGUUGUGAAAGAGGACAGUGGGGAUAUCACGUGUUAUCUGGAGUCCCGUAGCUUCCUUAAUCAGGGUACCGACCUCUUCCCAAUAUUUAACAAUAGGGUCGCAAGACCACCAGAUGUGUUGAAGUGUUCUAGCGUCCCUCCCACACCGUCCGCAUACACCCGUACAGGACGGGGAGAAUAUCUGGAUAUCCGAUGGGGUGAUAUACCAUCUCGCUAACCGUUUAUAAUUUGCAUUUUAUAGCUGCCCACUAACGUGGGCAAAUUCCCCUCUGUGGAAUAUUCUAUACCAAUCACCGUCUCACAGCUGGGGUAAGAUAUGGUAAUUCCAGGGACAGGUAUGUGCCGGCGGCCUAGGAUAUUGUUAUUAGUAGUUGUAGCAUUUGGACAAUGAUUUGGGGACUGGGUUACCUAUUGAACACAGUUCUUCAAAUUCCAUCUCUUCUCUAAGUCCUGUCUCCGGUAUAUGUAAUGAUUGAAUAAAGUGUUUCAAGCGUGAAUAUUGAAACAGUUGUAAGGUAUUCGGUGCGGUGUUCUUUGUCAACUCAGUAAUGGAUUUCAGACUGUUAAAAUGUAUAAGAUGGUUCAGUGAGGUGUAUGUGUUUAUUGUCCUGUGUGCCGUUGGGAGCAUAGUCAGUCCUUUUAUUCUGGCAGGGUCUUUAUCGGAAAGAGAGGGCGAGAGGUCAGUGAAGCGCGCCAGUUUUUUCCAGAUCUUAAUGGUAGGGUUGAUGAUAGGAUGAUUGGACAUUUGUGGUAUCUUUGUUUGGGUAACUAACCAGGGCAGAGCUUGUAGUGGGAUAUCUGUGAACGAUUACUCUACCAUUAUCCAUUGUUUGGAUAAGUGUAUCUAUCCUAAGUGGACUGCGGAGUGAUACAGCUCAAUAUGUGGCAGACCUGUACCGUCUCUGUCUCUUGGUCUUGUAAGGAUGUCGUAUGCAAUUCUCAGCUUCCCCUUGGCCCAGACAAAUUGAACAAAAAGAUUUAAUUUGGCGGAAAAAGGAGGUGGGAAUAUGGAUUGUUACUGCGUUUUGAAGGUAUAAUAUUGUAGGCAGGAUGCUCAUCGUGAUGAUAUUAACCCUCCCUAGCCAUCUGAAGUGGGGUUUCUUCCAUUUCAAUAGGUCAUCUGAUAUUUCUUUUAGUAAGGGCGUAAUGUUAGUAGCAUAGAGAUCUCAGGGCUUUGGUGUAAUCUUGACUCCCAGAUAUGUGAUAUGUUGGUCUGCCCAUAUAAACUGAAAUUCACGUUUGUGUCUGUUAACUAUACUAUUAGGGACAUUGAGGUUAAGUAUUUCGCUUUUAUCUAGAUUAAUUUUAAAGUUGGACAUCUCGCUGUAGAGUGAUAAUUCGUUCAUUAACGGGGGUAGGGAUCUUAUCGAUUCUAGCAGGGUGAAGAGGAGGUCAUCCGCAAAGUCUGAGUCUUUACAAGACCAACAUCAGAAUAAAAAGUAGGGAAGACAGGAGGCCACUCUGGCGGGUACCGUUGCAUAUCCUGAAAAGCUGCGAUAGCUCUCCAUUUACCUUCAGUCUCACGGAGGGCAUUGAGUAGACCGCUGAGAUCCACGUCAACCACUGCUUCCCAUAGUCCAGUAUCUGCAACGUCGAUGUGAGAAAAGACCAUUUCACAAUGUCAAAUGCCUCUUUGGCAUCUAUGGAUAGUAAAAGUGAUGGGAUUUUGAGGCGAUUUGUAUAGUGAAUUAAAUUGAUAAUUUUGGUGAUGUUAUCCUUGGCUUCCCUUGUUGGUACAAAGUCAGCUUGAACAGAGUGGACUAAAAGAGGGAGAUCGGCUGUAAACUGCCACAGGAUAACUGGUCCUUCCCUGGUUUCGGGAUCGGUGUAAUCAUGGCCUCUAGGCUGGUGUGUGUAAUGGGUACUGUAGGGGAAAUCGAGUUGAUGGCUCUUAAGAAAAGUGGUCUCACCUCAUUGAGGAAUGUUCUAUAGUAUGUAUUGGCAAAUCCGUACUUUUGUCUAAUGGUAUGGAAUGUAUGGCAGACGUGAUUUCAUCAUCUGUGAAUGGUUCUUCUAGUGAUCUAGCUAUCAAUGGGGUUAUGAUCUUAUGAUCUUGUCGAAUUUGUCUGUUAAAUAGCCAAUUUUGUCUUGGGGGUUUGUCUGAGGAUUGUAGAUUGUAGAGUGUUUGGUAGAAGGCGCCGAAGGUGUCCGCUAUGUCUGCUCUGGGGUGUACCAAUUCGCCCGAUUGGUUUUUAAUUUUUGGUAUGUAUGAUAGUUGUCGUUGGUGGUCGCAAGAUCUAAGCAGCCAUACCGUUUAGCGUCCCCACACUCUGCAUGGAGACGCUGAGUUUUCCUCAUAGAGAUGCAUUGAUUCAAUGCAUCUCUAUGAUGAGGUGCUGAUUGGCCAAAACAGUGUUUGGCCCCGCCCCUUGCCGAUUUUAGCUAAUCGCUAAAAAUCUGCAAUUGUGAUGUCACCAAGAGGGUGAGGCCAGUGCCGGCGGACCAUUGAGAGCUGGAAUUAGGGUGAGUUUUUACCCAUUCUGAGGGGGCAAUGAGGGGGGGAGGGAGGGGGGGGGGCAAGUCACCUAAAUGGGGGGUUUUCACUAUAGGGUCAGAAAUACAUGUUUGUGUCCCUGACCCUGUAGUGAUCCUUUAAAUUGUUUUGGUUUUUACCCAUCAUGUAGAUCUCUGAAAGUAGUGGGACAUUAUUAAAAAUCUUUAUUUUAUUUUAGGAUGGAUGUAAGUGGAGUUCAAGUCGUUAAAGAAACACCUAAAAGGAAUCGCAAAGGUAACCACUCAAAGGGAUAUUCUGAAGAUUGCCCGUAUAAUAGCAGUGAUGUCAAGGGAGCUUUGAUUCAAGAGAAUACAAUUCUGUCAGAAAAAAGCCAAUUACCAGAAUUCCCCAAAUUUAAGGAGAGGAUAUCACAAAAAAGUCAACAUGCCAGUCAAAUAAAGAAUUAUUUCAAACCAUUAUCCAAGAAGAGGUAUGCUUUAAGAAAAUCUUAAACUUGCCUGUGUUGUACAAAAGCUGUGUAAUGUUUUUCAGUGUGCUAUACAUAUCAUGGGAUCCAGAGUUAAUGGAACACUCCAUUUUCCACAUGUUUAGUAGGUAUACCUCAUUGAAUACAUACAUUAAUUUUUCAAGCAUGUAUUAAUUGGGGGUAUAUAUUUAAAGAGCUUGCAAAGACUGCAGUUCUUUCAGUCUCUUCAUUGGGGAAAUAACUAGUAAGCCUCUGAAUUGGUGAACGCCGGCGCUUGCGCACGUCUGGUCUGAGUUCUGUGCAGCUGAGGAGCUGGCCUGAGGUCUGUGAGAGAGGGGAGGAAGGCAUUCUCAAGUAGAGCUUGUCUACCACUUCCGUUAGCUCAGAGGAGCUAAUGGAAAUAGGAAGGAACCGUCCCUGCCUGUUUGACACCCAAAGCAGUGUUUCCUAAUUAAUUUAUAAAUGUGAUAAUUUUUUAUAGAAAUCAACACUUGUAUAAACUGGUGUUAAAACUAAGAUUCUCCUCACCCAUAUAGCAAUUUUAGCAAGCUAAAAUGCAUUUGUGGUAUGGAGUAGUCCUUUAAAGACACACCUGAAUAACAAUUCAGAUUAAAAAUACUUGUUUAUCCAAUCACUGACAUUCUAUCAGUUUGUGUGUAAGAAUUGGUCAUGUGCUGCUCGCGCUCAUUUUUAAUGAGAAGAAAAAAUUCUUAUAAAACAAAACAUGAAGCAACACUCACAUGUGCCUGUUCAAAUUCGGUCUGUUUCCAUAGUAACGUUAACGUUCCUGGUUAUAGCGACACUCCAAGCACCAUACCCACUACAUAUGAUUACAGUGGUUAGGGUGCAAGUACUAUAGGGACUUUCAAUGUUUGUAAUGUAGAGCCUGUGGUUGGGCUGAAAGAGGUGGUUUAGCGUAGACCUUUACACCUAUGACUGCUGUCCAGGUUGGAUUUCAUAUUAAUAGUGUAAAAGGGUAAAUUCUGUAUUAUCAAUGCAUCAAAGAAAGGGAUGGUCUCUGUCUGCUGGAGAAAGCACCUAAAUGGUUUGACAAAAAAAAUCGUGGGAUGGCAUCUGUCACGGACGCACCCUACUUCAAGUGUGUGCGUGACAUAGUUGUGGUGGUCUGCACUAGACCGUAAAUAAUGAUAAAAUCCCCCUUAACACCACUCACACUUAAGCAUAAUAAUAUAAAUAUUAAUAUUUUAACGCUGCCACCACCAAGACCAUUUAUAAAUGGGGUGCCAUGGUCCUCCAGGUAACUUAAUAAUAAAAAUGCACCAAAUACAACUUAUUUAAGCAAUUGCAAAACACUAAUUAAUCUCUUCAGGUAACAUGAUUCUUUACCAGACAAAGGCAGAACUUAAUAAAGGAAUAUUUAUUAUGAGCAAAAAAGUCACAGUGCAUACAAAAAUAUAGAUGACAAUCAAAUUAAUUACACCAACAACAGAUAAAAACAAAAGGGAUAAAAUAACAGAAGUCCUCCCAGAGGUGGAGAUAAGGCGUACCUAUAGUAACUAUAAGUGACCACCCCCUUGUGUUCCAGACCACCAUCAGUCCAAAUGGAAACAUUUGGUUCUAUCUCCUCUUAUGUACUUGCCACUGAAAUAAUAAUGUGCAUCUAUGAAUUUAACAUUUUUCCAUUCCAUAGAUAUGUCACACUCCUUACUCGUGACCCAAUAUAGCAGGCAUCACAAGUUAACUUAUGCAAAUCAUGUUUGGGCUUGAUUAGAAGAAAAUUAUUCUCAUUCUAAAUAUAAUAGGCUUAAUUAUUAAUCUGUGGGUAAGUAUUAAUGUUUCUUUUGGAUAUGAUACUGGAACACAAGGCUAAUGGGCAUUAACAUAAAAAAGGACCCCCUAUCAAAGAGGGAAACUAGACAUAUAUUAAACUAGAGAGUUAGUAUAUUUAAACCAGACUUCCAGGCCACUUAUGUGUGACUUCUCACACCUUGCAGAGCCUUUGAUUAAUCACAGGAUCAAUCCACAUGGUAAAUAAUCUGACCCCGUUCACAUUCCUAUCCUAUACCCCUUCUGUCAUCUGACCUUGGCCCAUUCAUAUAUGCACUACAUAAAUUACAUUAAAUGGCAAUAUUCUAUAGUGCAACAUUGAAUUAUGCACCCUUGGCGUGACAGCAUCAACUGAAUAUUUGCUUGGCCUGAGCUGUAGUGGUUAUUGUUCAUAGAGCUUCUCCUAUAGACAUGCUUUCAGUAAACAUGUAGCUGUUAUGAAGUGACUUCUCAAUGAAGUGCUCUGGGUGCAGGUGGCUUUUAGAUUUAACCAUGAAAUUUAAAACAUUGCAGCUUUGUAGAAAUUGCAGUGUUUCCAUUGCAGGGUUAAACACACCUCUAGUGGCAGCCACUAAAGGCAAUUACCCUCUGAGCGCCAAGUCAAACUCUGUUGUCAAUCAAAUGCUACUCCUAAAACAGCAUUUGAUUGGCACAGCGCAAGAUUUGGCACAGCGCAAGAUUUGGCACAGCGCAAGAUUUGGCACAGUGCAAGAUUUGGCACAGAUGCUCACUAGCCUCACAAUGCUUCACUAUAGGUAGGAAUUGAAUUGGCUGAAAUCAGGAUUUCAACCAGGGGGACAAAGCAGUUACUGCGUGAUCAGCACAGCUAGAGAAGAAAGGUAAGUGUUUGUACUCCUAAUGCUGUAGUGUUGCUUUAAAUAUGCAUAAAUAAUAUGUAACCUAUUGCAUUUUCCAUUCAAAAUAUACUUUAGGGAAAUCCCACUACUGGUAAAUACUUUAAAUAGACUACAAUGUGAUAUGUCUAAAAUUAACGCCUAUUUUUUACAUUACUGUCCCUUUAAAGACUGUGGCUUAGAUUCCAUAUUCCGUUUAUGGGCUUUUCAUUUCUUAUAUUUGUUUUGCAUUAUUGAUAAGAUUAGUGUUUGGCUUUUAGUGUUUAUGAGCUGUUUUGAUGUAGACAGAGUGUGCGUGUGUGGAUGUCAUGUGUAUCAGCUGGAUUACUGAAUGACAAUCAGUUGUUGUUUUCAACUUGAAUCUUUUGUAUUUAGCCCUUUUGUUAAAGGUGUUUUAUGUAAACAUGCACCAGAUUAUAUUCUAAACCCUCUUUUUGGUUUGUUACGUGUGGUCAUGUGACCAGGAAGUACUGUUUCACAAGCUGCGGACACAGUAAUUAUUGAGGCAAUGUUAAAUGGAAAGAUUGCUUUUCACUUGCAAUUGGCACAUGGCUUCUGCUUUUCAACAUAAAAAAAUGCAACAACAAAAUUUUCAUCUCUGGUCAUUUAACGUCAUAGCAUGGCUUUUUUUUGUUUUUUAAAUGUGUUUUAUUGGUUUUACAAUACAAGGAAAUAAAAGCGCAGGUAUAUACAAGAGAAUAGAGGUGUAUACUUACCUUUGUUCUUCUGGUGCAAGUAAGUCAGCACCAAUGCCUGCGAAGUCAAGAUACUCCUGCAUCGUCGAAACAACAAGGAUUUUACCUAUACAACCGGCAUUUUGUCCAAUGGUUGUGAUGUGUUGUUUGUGCCCCUUGGGCUUCCCAGUAUUUCACUAUACAUUAGUUCAGAGUAAUGCCAGGAAGGUCUUAAAAACUAAAAUAAGGUAACUAUACACAUUAGUAAAAAAAUGUUUCAGUGCACCAUUUUCCUUUCCUUAACGGGUGCCGUCAGCAGGCUGGUCUAUAUUGCGCACUGUGCUCGCUCUCUAUAUCACUGUUAAAUGCAGGAGCUUACUAGAGAAUGUUCAAGUUUGCCAUGUAUGCCAAGAGGGAAUGGUUGUAGCACAUGAAAUACAUAUAAAGAAAAUAAGGCAACUAUUUACAUCAAUUAUUAUUGGCAUUUAUGUAGCUCCAGCUUAUUCCGCAGUGCUUUGCAAUAUUAUCACAGGGGAAACGUAACAAUAGAAGAGACCAUUACAAAAUGUUACAGGAACGAUAGGUUGAUGAGGACCCUGCUCAAACUAGCUCACACAAAUAAACUGAAAUUAAAUAUUUUUCUUUCAUUAUGGUACAGCUCCCGUAAGGUGGAGACCAGUAGCCGUCCCAGUGUAGUCAGGCAUCUAUCACUUGACUAAGCACCUAGGCAAAUAUACCAAAGCACCAAACCUGAUGCAUGAACCAUGUGAAUAAAGAGAAACACAACCUUAUGUCCUGAAGCCAUGACCAUGUUCUGAUACGUUUAACCUCUGUGUCGCGGUAUUACGGUGUUGAGGUGAACCUUUAUAUUAACAGAACUCCACAAAAACCAUUCUGCACUCAAGUUGCUCAUCUUACUUGCUGCCAUUCACACCUGAUCCUUGGUGUAUUAAGUGUGCAGGGAGCAACGUUGUCGGAUGCCUUUUGGGACCGGAAUGUCCCAUUGUGCGAGAAGUUGAGAACCCUCCUCCACUGUCAUAGUGAUUUUGAAGAUGCCAUUGCGUUGACUAAGAAGUUUAGUGAGAAAAUUGGUUGGGGCUGUUAGCGUGAAGGACUUGUGUAACUUUGCCAAAUUCCCUUCGCUUAGCCAGAGUGGCCAGAGACAAAUCUGUAAAUAGGUUGCCAGUAUAGGGUGCUGGCAUGUUCGAUAAGGCUUGUGUGGCCUUCAUUAACAAUUCCUUUCUUGUGAGAUAUAUAUAUAUAUAUAUAUAUAUAUAUAUAUAUAUAUGUAUAUGUGUGUACAGUAACAUCCCUAGGGAGGAAGCUGGAUAAAUGUCGAGGCAGUCUAUGUGCCCUAUCUAGUAACAAGCCCCUCUUUUCCAGUGUAGGCUGCAGCACAUGGAAGAGUGAGGAUCUAAAAUCAUAAAGGGUGGUGUUAGCCACCAAUUCUGCAAUCCCGCGCACUUGAAUAUUGUUCAUCCUAGUCGGAAAAUUUGUACUCCUAUGCCGCCACCCUAGUUUCCAGGGCCUUGUACACGAGUCAUAUAAUUGGGGCCAACACCAGCUCCUCCAUUUUACGCUCCACAUGCAUGGUUCUUUCUCCCAGAUCCUGUAUCUUCCUCCUCAGAUCCACAGCCAUUUUGUGGAUCCUCUUUUUUUUAUUUUUUUUUUUUUUAUUUAGGGAGCUCUACAGCUUUUCUAGCAACUUCUAUAUAGUGACCUCAGUGAGCACUGCAUGCCCUGCUGCCAAUAUGUGGUGACAUCCGUCCCUGCCUGCAGUCCCAAUCUCAUUUUGGGCACCCUCGCAUAUGUGAAAAGAUAUGGAGACCUUUUCGUUUCUCUUUUAUUUAUUUUUUUACUUUUAUUUUCUUCUUUAUUUUAAUCUAUUGUAACCACAUCUCUAUAAUUACUACCGUAUUUUCCGGCGUAUAAGACGACCCCCAACUUUUCCAGUUAAAAUAUAGAGUUUGGGAUAUACUCGCUGUAUAAGACUACCCCUCUUCCAAUGCACACCAAAUAAAAAUUAGCCAUGAUGUACAGUGAGCAGACAGAGCUACACCGCAAGACAUUAAAUAAUGAUAAUCUGAAAUAGCAUUUAAAGCCCAGGUAUGUGCCAGGCUGUUUGGGCAUAUAAUCCAUGCCUGCUGGUCUAGCACACAGUGGCUAAUUGCGAUAUAUUCUUUUUACUCCCCCCUCCAUUCUUUUUACACCCCCCCCCCCUCCAUUCUUUUUACUCCCCCUCCAUUCUUUUUAAUCCCCAUUCUUUUGAAUCCCCCCCUCCAUUCUUUUUAAUCCCCCCCUCCAUUCUUUUUAAUCCCCCCCCCCUCCAUUCUUUUUACUCCCUAAAUUCCUCUCACCUCUCCUUCACUGUGCAGAGUGGGUGGCCGAGCUCCUCUUCGUCUUGUCAGUCCGAGAUUCAGUUACCUGUUCCCGGCCGGACUGAAAGGAAGGACUGGGGAGAGGAAGGGGUUAAAAUCUUACCUUUCUCCAGCGCCGGGCGGGGAGCUUUCCUCCUCUUCUCCUUCCUAGCGACGUCAUCGGCUGAAUGUGCAUGCAUUCAUAAUGCUUUCCUAUGGACGCUGGCGUCUUCUCACUGUGAUUUUUGAGACAGCUUUUAGAGGCUGGAUUAACCCUCGGUGUAAGCAUAGAAGUUUCUCUGAAACUGCUAUGUUUAUAUAAAAAAAGAAAAAAAAUCAUUAUAUUGAAUAUAGUGCCAUUAGCCUUUGGGUCUUGUCUCCUCCUUUUCUGUCAAACCUUUCUUUGUUGACCAGCACCAGCACCACUGCAUUGUUUUUUUGGAAAAGGGGUGGGGGGAGGGUGUAUGUGUGUCCCUUUCAAACUCUUAUCCUCGUAUCAUUAGUAGCACUUCUCUUCUCCAAGUCACGUUCCAUUCCUUAUCCACUGAAUCUUCUCAGAUCUCUUCUCCCGUUAUCAUCAUGCAAAUUCCUCCCUUUCAGGGUGAUUUGACUUGUCGCAAUUUAAAACUGUAGUCCGUACUAGUUCGUUUGAAUCAUGAUAUUUAGAUUUAGACACAUUCUUGCUGGUUGUUAUAAGCUUUAAUAUUUUUAACCAGAUGUAGAGUUAAGAUUUAGAAUAAUAGCUUUUCAGAUUAGUUUAACAGUUAUAUACCAUAAGAAAUAUAUGGAUAAUAGUAAAAUAGUUGCAGACUAUCUCCAGUUUAAUUGCUUAAAUUGACACUCCACACAUCUAAAGCAUUUUUAAAAAAACAAGAUUAUGUAGAAGUUGUCACAUUUAUAAAUUAAACUUGUCCGCACCCCUCCCCCAACCCCAGACAUUAAUUGGGUAACCAGUCUAUGUUGAAAAUUUUAUUUUUUUUUACUUAUUUUAUCAUCCUUAAGAAUAAGAAUGCACAUGCUUACAACUUGAAUUACAGUUGUUCAUUGUGUGUACAUAUAUUUGCCAAAUAACUAUGGAAUUAAGGUCUUUUUCUGAACAUUGUAUAUUUUAAUACAUUUAAUUUUGAGGGAAGAAAGUGCAUUGAUGGUGGUUUUAGCACUAUAGGGUUAGGAAUACAUGUUUGUGUUCCUGGCCCUAUAGUGAUCUUUUAAUAUACUAAAAAUGUAAGUAUUGCAUGAAUAUGCAACCUAAUGCUACAUAACUAACACAUAUUCCAUACUGAAUAACCUUUAGACUAUAAUGUAUCUUAUGCAGAUAGAAACCUUUAGAUGUUUACUGGAAAUGCAAUUUAUUAAAAGAAAUUCAAUUUAAAUUAAAAAUAUAUUUUUUUUUAAUCCAACCAUCUCCCAUCACAUGUCACUUCUCCCCAUGAUCCAUUCUUUCCUUUUCCACGUGUUCUCAUUCCCCCACAAACACAUCUUCUCCCCAACCAUGCCACUUCUCUUUCCAAUUUAUUGUCCAGUGACCCGAAGCAGUGAUUGGGAACUGGAUUUUAGAGUUCCAUAGCUGCCUCACAGCUAAACAGUGCAGUGGAUGCGAUGUCAUUCAUGACUGAAUUGGGGGUCCCACAGGACUUUAGAACUAGUCGAAGCACAGCUCACAUCGACUGUGCUGUGCUUUUUGCCACAACUACCAACUGCUUUGGAGCUUUUAGCACCUUAACAGGCUUUCCUACACCCGAUAGUAAAUAGCUACAGGUAAGCUGCAACCAAGCUGGUUCCUCUCUUUCCCCCCCCUCCCCCUUGCUUCAUUUCCAAAUAAAAAGGGGCAUUUUUAGUUCGUUUGUUUGUGUAUGUGUAGAAAUCUUCGAUUUUUGUCAUAACCCCAUUUAUAGACUCAACAGACUAGUAUUUUAUUACCAGCAGAAAAUCUUCCACCAGAUAGUAAACCAUCUUCGCUUUGAAACAGGUUGUUUCUUCUUGUUAAAUUUUAAGUUCGCUUUGGUUUCUAUUUUCACUGUUGUGACAUUAUAAAACCUCAGAUCUGUAUCAGUAUGAUGCAAGCAACAGCGGUUUUGGCAGUUUUGCAUUAUAUGUUGUCAUGUGGGGUAGAGUGAGUUUACAAUUAGUGUGAUUCUGUUCUGUAUUCUAUGUAUUUACAAAACGUGGAGGAAAUUGUAGUAAGUUCUGAAAAUAGAUUUUCAUUCUCUAACAAGCUACAGUUAUCUAAUUAGUGAAUGAUUACUUUCUGUUUUUAUUCCAAUCUUUUUUUUUUUUUUUUUUUCUUCUUGCACAUUCAAGAGAUCGAGAGGACGAUGAAAGAGAUAUGUCUUCCACCAAGGUAGCAAGAGUGGAAAACAUCCUGCCUUCUUCUGAACAACUGGCACCCAUUGUAUCACAAUCAAUGAAAGACAAGGGUAGGCUUAUAUCUCCGGAUGAUGACUUAGAUCUGGAAACUGAGCCAGUUAUGUCACAUGGAGAGAAAGUUGGAAUUUCAAAGACUCCGCCUACAGUUAGCACCAUAAUGGGUAAAGCAACUUUGGAAAUGGAUGGAACAACUAAAAAGAGAAAAGAGCUUGAAGAGGAUUUGGUCGAAGAGUCUGAUUUAGAAAGUGAUGGAGAUGUCAAUGAUGUCAUGGAGCAAAAUGAUUUAAAUUGCAGCAAUAUCAAUGAUGUCAAAAGAAGGAAAGUGGAGUCCAAAAAUGACAAUAGCACAUUUGAGGAUGGCACAAAGAGUACAUCAGUAAGUGGCAUGAAUUCAAAAUGUUUUGUGUUUUCAUAAGUCUUACUUUCCUAAAAGAAGCUUUAUGAAUUUGAGACAAAAACAAUCACAUAUAGUGAAAUAGUGAUAUAAGAAAGGAUGAGGCACCCCAUAACUGGGAUAAACAUUAUAAAACCAUGUGCUAACAUUUGAUAUGCAAGAGCUCUAUGACUGUACAACAUACUCUACUACUUCUUUACCACUAAAGAAAGAUUAACAACCUUGCUGCAAUGAACCUAGCAUUUUAUUGGUAAAACAUUUUGCUUUUGAUUUUGUUUGGUGUACUGGUUAAGAUGCCUAAAGUCUCAUUGUACCAUAACUCCUGUCUAUAUCUAACUUUUUUUCCAAGCACCUUGGAAUAAUCCCCCAUCCCAGCACGGAACCCGUGGUAAUUUUGCCCAAUUUGAACAGCAGGUAUUAGCAAAGAGUGUGGAACCCCAGAUUUGCAUUCAUUUGAAUAAAUCCAUGAAUUAUCACAGGUACAUUGUGCCUAAUUAUUUCAAUAGGCAUUUUGUAUUCUUGCGUGCAUAUGAUCAAUUUGAAAUCCUAGAGGAUUUCUUUAGAAAGCAGAAGUUAAUUUGAGAUUCGUAGCCAUUCCCUGAUUCCGAGAAACUAAAGACACAUCUUUUGUAAAAGUGGAUUUUUCAGAUGCAUUAUUUUAUAUUUUUCCUAAAUUAAUUUUUGUAGUUAAAUAUCUAUAAAUUACAAUACAAAAGUUGAGACUGAAGUGUCCCAUUAAGUUCAUGAUGUGGAUUGAAGGUUGGAAAAACUGUUGUCCUGCAAUUGAAGAUCAGCCUCAUGCCCAGAUUUUUUUCACUGACAUGAAGUGGUAAACAAAUUAAAGAUAAAUUAUAAAUAAAAUCCAUUGAACUGCAGGAUCCAAGCUAUUGCUGCUUUUUCUUUUCAGAUCAUUAUAUACACACAUUUCUCUUGUCACAAUUAAUCUUCCUGAUUUCAAAUGCCACAUUAACUUAGUUUUUUUUCACACUUAUUCCCCUGUCUGCUGACUCUGUUGGUCAGUCUUUGUUGGGCUGUCACAUUAUAUCAGAUACACUGCUUUACACAAAAAUACAAUGAUUAAAGUGGCUCGCUAUUGACAUGUUUUUCCAGGGGUGCAUUGAACAUUUCCAAAGCAAUGCUCUUGGAUAGCCAAGAAUGCAGCAGGGAAAAAGGACACCAUGAUGUUUUUAGCUUUCUAGAUAUGUCAUCAUUGUUUGAUUUUUAAAUGCCCAACUUUCAAGAAAUGCACUUACAAGUAAAAGAAACAUAAAAUCCAAUGGUGCAUAGGGCAUUAGUUCCCAUUGUACCAUUGGUGUUUUUCCUGGUGUGACUAUUUAGAGAAAGAGGGGAGGAUGUUAUGCCCCCCUUCCUUCCAUUUCUGAUUUUUUUUUUUGUUUUGUUUUGUUUUCGGGAGGGGGGGGGAUUUUUUCAUUAUACCUCACUCUUUUAUGCUUAACAAAGAAGUUAACUCAGUGCUUUUUGAGGAAUGUUCUAUUUGAAAAUUAAAUUCCACCAUUCAGAUUAAUGGAAACCAAAGCCAGAAUGCCAAGUGCACCGGAGUAUCACCGUUUUAAUGAAGGACACCAAACAACACAAAUGUUUUGAGUAGACAACCCUUUCUCAAUGUACAAUAUCCUUAGGGCAUUGCAGACUGAAAAAGGGUUUAUCUACCCAAUGUAUGUAAUCCACUAUAAGAGACCCAUAGUGGUUUUGCUGCACAGAAGUGAAACACUUUUUUUCUGCUUUACGUUUUUAGUUUGUUGUUGAUGCUGCAGUAUUUGAUAACACUAUUUUGUUUUGUAUAAUAACAUUAUUGGGAUGCUAAUGUGCGUGCACAAUAUAACUAUAUUGCAUUACACCUACUUGAAAGAAAGUGCAGUGCAUUUUCACUGAACAAUCACACAUUGCUUGAUUUUGUUUUAUUUAGAUUUAAAAAAAAAAUUUCAGACAAACGAGGAUUGUAUUUGCAUUGCAGUUGAUACCGUCUAGUUAUGAUUCUUUUAGACUGCAUAUCUACAUAAUAUCCAAUUUCAUUUUAAUUCAGAAUGGAGAAUAUAAGCCAUUUUAUCAGCUUUUUAUUCUAGCAACAGUUGUUUGUUUGUUUAAAAAGAUUAAUGUUGACAUUUUGAUCCUCUUAUUGACACAGGCCAAUGCAUGUUGUGUAUAGUACAAUCUGGUUUUAAUCUCUCUUUAGUACUUUUUAAAAUUGGAUAUGUUUGCUUUAUAAAGCCACAUUUGAGUGAUAUUUUUUUUUGUCCUUCUAUAGGAUAUUUGUACUUUAAAUAUGGGAAUAAAGAAAGAACCAGAAUCUCCAAGUCAAGAGAAAAAGGUACGAUUUUUGCAUUCUGGAGUGAGACACAAUCUCCCUUAUUGUUUGUCAUUUCAACACAUAAAUGCUAUUGUUUAUAAAUCCACAAGUUUGGCAAUGUAGUUGAUUUUUUUCAUAGCAUAAUUUUAUAUUGUUUCUUUACUUUAAGUGUAUUAAACACAUACAAAACAUACAAACAAGAAAAAAGGGAUCAAGAAUGUACUAUUUUUUUUAUUUUUUUUGUAUGAUUACAGAAACAUUUCAAUCAAUCCUGACACUCACAUUGUCCUUAGUGAGUUUAUAACUGAGAGCCAUGCCCAGCAGUGCCUUACUAUAUAGUUUUUCAUGUUUUUUCAUGAACUAAGAGGAUAGGGGGACAGUUAUAAGAGUAUGCGGAAAGCUAGCGGAGAUUUGAGUGGUGAACGCCUGCUUGGGAUGUGUGCACCAUACAAUUACAAACGUAACUUUUUUUUUUUUUUUUUAUUCUUUAUUUUUGCAGGUGAGGCAUUACGACAUUCAGUUAAAACAUGCAUACAAGUUUGAGUCGCAGUGACUACAUUCACAUAACAUUGUAGACAUUUUAUGUUCACCUGUAUUUUUGUUAUAUUAAACUAGGUCAUGUGCUUUGAUGACAACACCUCUCACAACAGACAUUAUAUUAACUUGUCGUCAAGGAAACCAGAUUUGUUAGUGACGUGUGUUCAGAUGUAAGUUCCCCGGCUGGUUGUCCUUGGGUGUGUUGUACAUAUUCAGGCACUAAACCGAGUAAGAAAAAAAAACAGUAAAGUGAGAACAUUGCAUUUUAACAUAUUGGUUUAGCUAUCGUUCGUUACGUCAAGGCGCUUGGAUAUACCCUGGAUUGUGGAGGUCAAGUGGGUCCCCUAACCUAUGGGGUCAACGGGGGGUAGGGAGGAAGAUAGAUGACUAGUUGUCAGUUGGCUCUGAAGGAGCCUUCUUUGGUGUUUGUCAUAUUUGGAAAUAAAAACUGGUUAGAAAUACUAUUAGCAUAGUGAGGGUGUGUGGGGGAGAAGAAGUUGAGAAUGAGUAAGAGACAGAAACAAUGAUGUCUUGUUCCCCUAUGUCACUGCAUCUUGUCUGCUUCUUGGGGUGAAGGGGGUUAUAUUGUACACGUCCCAGGUGCUGGUGGUGGCCUGUGCCCUCCGCUCUCGUGGACCAUCUCCCACUCCAGUCGCUGCCAAGAAGGUGGUGGUAUUUGGUGCCCAUAAGGGCUCUAGGAGUAGUCCAUUUAUACGAUAUUCCUGCCUCCUGAAGUUGUGUGAUGGGUUUCAUAGUUUUCCUCCAAAGUAAGGUGGAGCUGUGUAGAUCUUGGAAGAUCGAUAUCUUAUGAGACUAAAGGUCCAGUAGUGACUUAUUGUGAACAACUCUUAUCAAAGCUUGUUUGUCUUGUCCCGGAACGUAAGAUUAUGUCUCUUGAGGCCGUAGGCAGUGCCUUCGGAGAUUUGGCGAUGCGGUACGCUCAGAAGUUUGUGAAUUGCUUGGCUUGCUUUGCUGGGAGUAGUAUAUUAACUAGUCUCCUAAUGAAGUGAGGUAGCUCUUCUAUCGCCAUUGCAUCCGAGACUCUCCUUAGCUUCACGUUUUUCUGGCGGAUUCUCUCCUCCAGGGCAUCCACUCUCGUCAGCAUCAGGGUGGUUUGGUGUAGGCAGUGCUUACUGUACAGCACUGCCCUAAAAAGCAUCUCCAGUGGCCAUCUGAGGAGUGACCACUUGGAGGUGUCCCUAGAGGCAGUGUAAACACUACAUGUUCUCUUUUCAAAUAAUUUUUAUUAAAGUUUUUUGUAUAACAAAUGAUAAUAAUACAAACAUUGUAUUAGGGGUAGGAAAGGAGGGGUAACUUGGAAAUGGGAAGGGGUAUCCAUCCAUCAAUGAAAUAAACAUAUUAAAGUAUAUGGCAAAAAGAAAAAUGUUUUACAACAAUGCACUUUAACAAUAAAUAUAUUAAAGACCAUAAACUGUUUUGAUUUUUUUCUUCCCAUUUAUCCCAAUUAUAUUUUAGUAUUGGGAAACCAUGCAUAUUGGCUCUGUGUGAUAAUUCAUGUGCCUUAUUUUCUAAAAUCAAAUUAAAAACUUCUCUAAGAGAUGGCACAUUUUGAGACUUCCAAUGUCUAGGUAAACAGGAUGUAGCAGCGAUCAGAAUGUGGCCUAUGAUUAUUUUAUCUGAUCUAUUAACGGACUCCGGGAGUUUUUUAAAUAAGGCUAGUUCCGAGGUUAAGAUACUAAUGGUUCCGUUCACUUUAAUAAUCAGAUCGUGGAUCAUUUUCCAAUAAUUAAUUAACUUGGGGCAGAACCACCAGAUAUGGGCCAUAUUGCCCACUCCCCCACAGUCUCUCCAACACCGGUCAGAAUACAUAUUGUUCAUGUUAUGUAAUCUAGACGGAGCCAGGUACCAACGAUAUAAGAUUUUAUAAUGAUUUUCAAAAUGGUCGGUGCAAUACGAAAUACCUUUUAAACCUUUAAAGAAACCGAACUAUUCUUCUAAAUCGUACUGGGCACCCAACUCCGUCUCCCAUGACAGCAUAUGUUUUAAUUUAAUUAAGGGCUUGGCAUUAUGAGAUAAGUAACAUAAGGAUAUCAUACCUUUACUAGCGGGGCUGUAUAAAAAAACUUUCUCUAAAGGAGAUAACUCAAGUGAUUUAUAGUUUUUAUCUGUUUCAGGUACCUGAUAUAGUUCUUUCAAUUUAUCAAUGAUUAGCAUACAUUCCAGUUCACAUACAUUUGACAAUCCAUACUUAAGCUUCAAUUUUUCCAAAGAAAGAAUAGCAUUUCCAUAAAAAAAAUUGUCCAGAUUAGUUAUAGAGCAAUCCUUCAAUAAUUCUAUUUUUAAGGAUGGUAUAUAAUUUUUCAAUAACUCAAUAGGCAUUGCUCUAUAUAAACUGGGAGACUGGUCAUUUUUAAAAACAAUGUCCCAGGCCUUAAGCGUAGUCUUGGUAGAUAAAAAUAAUUUAGUAAUUCCAGGUCUUUUCUUAGAAUUUAACCAAGGUAAUUCUGAUAACCUAACCGGUGAAAUUUUAGAUUCCUCUAUUUCCAUCCAUCUGGGUUUAUCAUCCUGAUUGUUAAAGCUCACAACCACUGCAGCGUUAGUGGCAAAAUAAUAUUUGCGGAUAUCAGGGACACCGAUACCGCCGUUCGAUUUAUGGUGCUGCAGGGAAGUGAGCCUCACUCGGGCAGGCUUGUUCCCCCAGAUAAAUUUCAACAUCGUCGAGUGGACUUUAUUAAAAAAUGAUAAUGGGAUGGACAGAGGAAUGGUCCUAAAAAAUAUAAAAUUUUGGGGAGUAUCGUCAUUUUAAUAGAUGCGACCCUCCCCAGCCAAGAGAGCUCCAUCCCACUCCAUCUCUUUUUGUAGGUCUGACCAUGCUUUCCUUAAGUUGUGAUUAUGCAUAUUGACCAAAUUUUUGCAUAAAUUAAUGCCAAGAUAUUCCAUAUAUUCAGUUCUCCAAUCAAAUAAAUAUGAUUUCUUAAGGGCAAUAGUUUCCAAAUUGUUUAAAUGAAACGGGAGGGCUUGAGUUUUGGACUCAUUUAAUUUGUAAUAUGAUAUCUCACCAAAUUGAGUUAAAAUAUCCUUGAGGUGUCUCAAAGAUUCUUUUGGGUUUUUGAUAGCUAGGAUUAUAUCGUCUGCAAACAAACCAAUUUUGUGAACGGAUUCUUUAACAGCAAUUCCUACAAUUUGUGGGGUUGUCCUAAUCAGUUCUGCCACACUACAUGUUCUCUGAAAAGGCAGUGUUUGCAUGAAAAUGUCUGAAGGCAAUGAUUAUACUCGCCAGAACAACUACGUUAAGCUGUAGUUGCUGUGGUGACUGUAGUGUCCCUUUUACGCUGUUGCUGCCAGAGGUGUUACUCCACCUUUUGCAGCAUCAUAGGGGUGUCAUUAGCCAGCCUGGAACAAGAGUUCUGGGCUGGCUAAUGCCAAUUCCAUGCAAAUUUAGAUGCCUAGACACUCAUUAACUGGCUUUAAGCAGGCAGACAAUGAACAAGCGUCGUGAUCGAAUCCAGGUGUUGUAAAUACUUCUUUACAGGAGACCUAACACUCAGCAGGACUAGGUAAGAGGGUAACCUAUUGUCAUUACUGGGGAAUGACACCAAGGUACCCCUACCAUCAUAACCUCUAUAACAGGUUGGAGUAGCCCUUUAAAUCUGUCAGAUUUUUGUUUUCAUCUGUUGCCUUAUUUUACACCCUAACCAUAAUUUUUAAAUAAACCAUUGUGUAUUUUUGACAAAAAAGUGGUCUGUUUUUAUUUCUUUUCACGCCACUGUAAACUUAGUGGUCUUCAGAAAUGGAAAUUUAGGUGAAAACUGGCUUAAUUAGCUGUAAAUAAAACCAUCACUUCUAGAUUACUGUUAUACAUAUGAUAUAUACCAGACAGCCACUAGAGGGACUUCCGUGUUCUUAGAACACAAAAAGUGUUUUAAGCAAUGCUGAACGUCCUCCCGCUAUGUGAGGACCUCCAGCGUCGCCAAAAUCCCCAUAGGAAUGCACUGAAUAAUGCUUUCCUAUGGGGAGGUCUAAUGCAUGUGCGGGCCAUUGCCACGCAUGCGCAUUAGGUCUCCCCCCCGGCUGACGUAGGCAGGGGAGGAGAGUAGGCGGAGCCUGACCAGCGAGGGACAUCGGCGCUGGACUCCGGUAAGUCACUAAAGGGGUUAAACCCCUUCAGCAACUUGGGGUGGAAGGGAGGGGCACUACAGGGUCCUGCAGUGCCAGGAAAACUGUUUUCCUGGCAUAGGAUAAUCCCUUUAAUGACCCUUAAAUAUUAAAUAUUAUAAUACAUUUCUUUUAAAUCUUAAUUAUUUUGGCAUUAAAAUACAAUAUCCCCAAACUAGAACUCGUUCCAAAUUAGUUUUAUCAUGCUAAGCUUUCAUUGGCAAUACAUUUAAUAUGAAGAGUUGCACUAUUUACUAGUAACUUGUACAUUCAGUUUAGCUUCUAGCCUGUAGUCAUGUCAUGUAGCCACACAAUGAGGGGCUGUUAUUGGUGUUUGCUGAUAAUUUGUAAUGCCUUUUGCUGCCUUUAAAAGAGCUAUAGAUUCUUAAAUAUUUAUUUUGUUAUGGCUGUUAAAUAGUUUAUUUUCAUUUCCUCAGUUUACCAAAGGACCAAAAAUUGAAAAUGACUAUGAUGGACUCCCUAGCAAGCUCUUACUGACAGAGUUUCGAUCGCUCACGGUUUGUCGACCAUCCACAAAUAAGCAGUUCAAUACAAAUACAAACCAUGAAAAUCUACCUAAUUUUAAGAAAUUCAGGAAGGUAAUACUGUAUUGAAAGUAUGUCUAAUGUAUGAUUUACUAAAGCAUAAUUUUAAAAGUGCCUGUAAUAAUAAUAAUUACAUUUUGUCUGUUAUAGCAGUUUUCUUCUUUUCAGGUGCUAUGGCAUGACACAUUUGGAAUGUGCUUGAUUUUCAAGUUGGAAACCAUUUUUCCAACACAUACUAUCUUGGUAUGUCUGUAAUCAGUCACACUGAUAAGUAUCUUUCUUUCUUUACAACACCUCUUGCUGAGAUAUGCCUCUGUUCAGGUUUUACUUUUUGAUCUAUUGUUCAAAAAGAAAACACAAUAUUGAAAUCCAUCUUUUCCUUGUCUGCAUUAAAAAAAAAAAAAAACUUAGAUAAACACAGUAAAAUUGAAACGCAAGAAAGAGAUACCGAUGUAGAAAAUAAAGCAAAGACUACAUGCACAGUUUGAAGUGGGUACUACUGUUAAAAUCAUAGUCUACUUGGUUGUUCAAAUUGUACAAUGAGGUUUGUGUGAAUUCUGAAAUGACAAUCUCCACACUAAACCGUCAUGACAUCAAGUAUAAUUGAUAUUAUUAAAAUGUAUCUAUCAGAGGUUUCAAUUUGCCCUCUUUAUUUGCAAUGUUUGCCUUGUCCUACCUGGAUUGUGAUGGCGUUUGCCAAAUGGUUAAAGGGUUACUCCAAGCACCAUAACCACUUCAAUGAUUUUCAGUUGUCAUGGUGCUCAGUUUGUAUGUGCAGCUUUUCACUAUAAAAAUGGCAUUUAAGGUCACACACAGAACAUGCAUUUCCAAGUAGUGGUGCUACCAUAAAGACCAAAGCAUAUUAAAAAAAAAAAAAUUGUUGAAGGAAUGCACGCAUACACAUACAAAUACAGUUUUACAUUUUAUAAGGUUACUUAAAAUCACCUAUCUCGGCAAACAAAUAUGAGGAUUCAGUUAUACCAUAUGACCAUAUUGUGCUAGGCUCAACGCUACGUCACAGAACCCAAAUAUCUGUACUGUGACGUCACUGAUUUACAUGAUAACUUGCAAUACUUUCACUUUCAACUGCUUCAAGAUACUCCUCAAUUUAUGUUUUCCUGUGGUUACCUCCAAAAGAGCACCCAUCCAAUAUGGGUGCCCUUGGGAGGUGACUAAAUAUUGCUAAAUCUAUUUGAAUGCAGGCUGGUAGAUGUUGUGUUGAAUAGUGUAACAUUUAGCAACCUUAGCUAUGACUGCCUGACUUAAUCAAGAAGUCCAUUACGGCAGUGCAAGCAAAAAUAUACACACAAUAAAAGGUGAGAAAUGAUAACGAAAAACAAAACUAAGCAAAAUAAAUUGGACUCCCACUAGGAAAGCUAUGCAGCAUGUAUCAACUUAAGUUAUUAUCAAUGUAUCAUAACCAGAUCCGAUACAAUAUGGUGUCCAUGUAUCAAAAGAAGUAACUAACACGGAGUAAAUAGCCGCAACCUGUGGGAAUACCACUACAUAACCUGUCCAUACACAUCCAGUCCAUUCACCGGUCCCCAGUAAAAGGGGAAUCAGAUUGUCAAUCCAUAAAGUGUAACUGGCAAUGAUAUGCCGGUUACCUCAAUAAAGAAACUGGAGUGCUAAAUUAACUAAACUUAAUAUGAAUAAACGUAAAAAUAGUGAGAAAGGUGCCUUCAAGAGCACCUGGUAUAGAUAAAGUAAGGAAAAGAAACAAAGUCCCUAAUGUUAUCAAACAGAGAACCGGAAAACUCGUGCAUAGCAAAAUAGUAUAUCUAUUAGUUUACUAAUUGAUAACUAGUCUGUCUGUGAUCCAUGCAUAAUGAUCAAAUGUCUAAAAUGUAUCCCUUUAUCGAACUCUACCCAUCAAGGUAAGGGGAUAUCCAAGAGAACGGGAGACAGAGCAAUUGGUUAACUAAAUAAUAACAGUCGUCGAGCCCCGACGCGCAUUUCGCCUUAGAUUAAAGGCUCAUCAGGGGGAACUGACUCACUGGUCUGCCAGGGUUUAAAAAGCCCGCCCUUGGAUCUCAUAGGUCACAUCCUGGAAUACGGGGAUAUAACUGAGUAGGGUGGCCGGGAUGGCUCAAGAGAUAAAAAUAGCCGAGCUCAAUUCAAAAAGGUGGGGUGCAUGGUAAUAUAACACAUAAUGUAAACCCAACCUGACUUAUCAACGCUGUUAAUAAUCACCAUAGCCAUAUAAUAAAAAUGAUCAAAUCAAAACAAUAUCUGCGAGCCACUGUACCAAUUAAAGUGUUUUUGUAUGAGUUCUAAAGCGAACUACUAAUCUACUGAAAGUAUAACAAAAAAUAUAAUAAAUAUAGAAGUAAUAAUGUCCAAGACGUUAUAAUAUGUAACAAUAAGUAGUGCCAAAAGAGGAGACAUCUGCCUUCCGAGUCUAAAAGAUUGUUGUACAGACCCUAAAAAGGUUUAAGAAGGAGAGAUCAUUAGUUAGUGUAUAAAUAACUAACAGUUUUAAUUGUGUAUAAAUGCUGUAUAGUUGAAUUGUUCGUUAAGACCCGAAGGAACCAGGGUCUUAAACGAGAAAAUCCACUGUGAUUCUUUCCUGAGCAGAGUUUUAUUAAAAUCGCCCUUUUGAGGAUUAGGUAGCAAUUUCUCAAUACUGUAUAAUUGAUAGGAUAUUUUGGGAUUCUGCUAGUGUACCUACAAUAGAGGACAAAACAUAGUGCAAAUAUUGCUAAACACUAUAAAACAUCUAAUGAUUAAUAUGCACUCACAUAUUCCAAAAAGUUAAGCGUAUUAUGGGUGCCUCCCCUCGAUGUAAAUGGGGGGUUGUUUUCCUUUAAAUAUCCCUCCUCAAGUGAUAGCCAGUGGGGUAUCCAGGUCAGCAAGGAGAUCCACAAACUGCAGCCAAAGGAAUACUUCAAAGGCGAUUUAUUCGCUUAUAAAAUCAGGAGGUAUACAAAUAAAAAUUCAUAAAAACAAAAUAAGAAAGAGAUGUUGGUCCUAUGCGUUUCGUCCUUAUGCAAAAGGACUUCCUCAGGGACCUCUUUCAAUAAAAAUCAAUCAACAAGUGCAGAAAUAAACAGCAUCCUAAAAACGCUAACAAACAAAUAAUCUUCCGUAUGCGGAAGUGGCCGAAUAUUGAACGAACCCGGCAUUUUAUCCCGGCAAAGCGAUCACACCUGGGGAGAAGGAACUCUGGACGAAUAGGAACCGAGAGAUGAGGAGACACCCACUAUUCCACCAAUGACUUGAAGGGAUUAGCCCUAUAUAAGAUUAUUUGUUUGUUAGCGUUUUUAGGAUGCUGUUUAUUUCUGCACUUGUUGAUUGAUUUUUAUUGAAAGAGGUCCCUGAGGAAGUCCUUUUGCAAAAGGACGAAAUGCGUAGGACCAACAUCUUUCUUAUUUUGUUUUUAUGAAUUUUUAUUUGUAUACCUCCUGAUUUUAUAAGUGAAUAAAUCGCCUUUGAAGUAUUCCUUGCUGACCUGGAUACCCCACUGGCUAUCACUUGAGGAGGAAUAUUUAAAGGAAAACAACCCCCCAUUUACAUCGAGGGGAGGCACCCAUAAUACGCUUAACUUUUUGGAAUAUGUGAGUGCAUAUUAAUCAUUAGAUGUUUUAUAGUGUUUAGCAAUAUUUGCACUAUGUUUUGCCUCUAUUGUAGGUACACUAGCAGAAUCCCAAAAUAUCCUAUCAAUUAUACAGUCUUUUUAUAUGUUUAUCAGCUGGGAAAUAACCUUGGGAAGCAGUGUACCCAUCAGUUAAGUUUUUGUGUUUUAUCACUUUUUCUCACGGGUGUCCGUGUGUAUUUGUCGUUUGUUGUGUUCCCAGCAAUUUCUCAAUAGCUUUCAAUCUCAAAUUGUCCGGAUGUGUCUUGCUACCAGAGUUUGGGUGACAGCAUUCUUGACAGAUAUGUUGCAGAAUCCUGCACCUAAACUCGAUACGUUUUACUGAUAUACUGGGUACCACAACUACAGGUGAUCAAAUAGAUCAAUUGUGUAGAACUGCAAUUGACUAAGGCAUUAGUCUCAACCCUAAUCUGGGUUUGGGUGGACGUGGUAAAUUUAGAGGGCAAAAUAUAUUGGUAGGCCUUGCAAUACCCACACUUAAAUGUCCCCUUAGUCUUAGAUAACCAGCUGGUAGAUGGUAAAGGGGAUGCCAGAUGGCUGUGGACAAAUUGGUCCUGUAAAUUCAAUGGUCGACGCGCUGUUAGAGGUGGAUAAGCUGGUAACACCUGUUGGAGUAUAGGAUUAUGUAAAAGUAUUUGCCAAUUGUUUUUAAGGAUUUGGGACAUAGGUCCCCAACCUUGGUCAAAUGUAGCAAUGCAUCCAAACCUAAAAACGUGACACCACGUCCAAACUAGCAAGUUGGGUAUAGGGUGGUAGUGUCAUAUCUUGUAGUGUUACCUUCAUUUUUAGGUUUGGUAAAAUGAGGGCUGGUAUUCCUAUCAAUGCUGCAUACCCGAUGAAACGCUCGUUUUAAAACCCAGUUGGGAUUCCCAAGUUCCCUAAAACAAGAUUUCAAUAUUUUACAUUCGUUGUAAAAAGUUUGAUCAAUAGAGCAAUUACGCCUUGCCCUUAAAUAUUGGCUAUAGGGAUAAUGGCUCUCCCAGUGUAGUAAGCUGUUAGUAGACGUAGCCUUUCUAAACAAUUCAGUCUGGAUGGUACCAUCCUGUUGCCGUAAGAUCUUAAGAUCCAGAAAUACCAACUCAUGUUCGUCUAUUACGUAAGUAAGCUUAAGGUUAAUGUCAUUAUCAUUGAGGGCUUUGACAAAGUCCUCAAACAUGGGGACGGAUCCUGUCCACAGGAGCAGCAUGUCAUCAAUAUAUCUAUGCCAACUUAAGAUGUAUUGAUAAAAGUGGCUGAAUUGAGGUGUCAUGACGACAUGCUGCUCCCACCACCCCAAAAACAGGUUGGCAUAGGUGGGUGCACAGGCCAUCCCCAUGGCAGUCCCAGAGAUCUGAAGGUAAUAACUGCCAUUGAACGUGAAAUAAUUGUGUCAAAAUGAACUCAAGAAGGGCCAAGAUGAAAUUUUUCUGUUGAUCAUUGUAUGAUGUAGAAAGAAUCGGCAUGCCCUCAACCCCAUUUCAUGAGGAAUGUUAGUAUAUAAUGACACCACGUCCAAACUAGCAAGUUGGGUAUAGGGUGGUAGUGUCAUAUCUUGUAGUGUUAAAAGAGUAGACUUAGUAUUUUUAAGAUACGAUGGUAAUAACGCCAUAGGAUGUAGAAUUUUAUCAAUUAAUCUGCUAAGAGAUUCUGUAAGACAGUUGUUCCCAGACACAAUAGGUCUACCAGGAGGGGGUCUAAUGCCCUUAUGUACCUUCGGCAAACAAUAAAAUGUUGCAAUAGUAGGAUUUUUAUGUGGAAGUAAGAAACUAAAUUCAUCUUUGUUAAUCACCUGUUGGUCUAGCGCAUCAUUUUAAAGAUUGUCCAAUUCCCUAACAAAGUUAGUCGUAGGGUCCGAAGGGAGCGUCCUAUAAUACAUAGUAUCCUCAACGUGUACCAUACACAUACUAUCAUAAUCAGAUCGAUUCAUAAGGACAAUGUUGCCCCCUUUGUCAGCCGAUUUUAGAAAUGUAUUGUUACAUAUUAUAACGUCUUGGACAUUAUUACUUCUGUAUUUAUUAUAUUUUUUGUUAUACUUUCAGUAGAUUAGUAGUUCGCUUUAGAACUCAUACAAAAACACUUUAAUUGGUACAGUGGCUCGCAGAUAUUAUUUUGAUUUGAUCAUUUUUAUUAUAUGGCUAUGGUGAUUAUUAACAGCGUUGAUAAGUCAGGUUGGGUUUACAUUAUGUGUUAUAUUACCAUGCACCCCACCUUUUUGAAUUGAGCUCGGCUAUUUUUAUCUCUUGAGCCAUCCCGGCCACCCUACUCAGUUAUAUCCCCAUAUUCCAGGAUGUGACCUAUGAGAUCCAAGGGCGGGCUUUUUAAACCCUGGCAAACCAGUGAGUCAGUUCCCCCUGAUGAGCCUUUAAUCUAAAGCGAAAUGCGCGUCGGGGCUCGACGACUGUUAUUAUUUAGUUAACCAAUUGCUCUGUCUCCCGUUCUCUUGGAUAUCCCCUUACCUUGAUGGGUAGAGUUCGAUAAAGGGAUACACUCGUGAGCUACUUAGGUAUCCAUAACAAUGUAGACAUUUGAUCAUUAUGCAUGGAUCACAGACAGACUAGUUAUCAAUUAGUAAACUAAUAGAUAUACUAUUUUGCUAUGCACGAGUUUUCCGGUUCUCUGUUUGAUAGCAUUAGGACUUUGUUUCUUUUCCUUACUUUAUCUAUACCAUGUGCUCUUGAAGGCACCUUUCUCACUAUUUUUACGUUUAUUUGCUUCAUAUUAAGUUUAGUUAAUUUAGCACUCCGGUUUCUUUAUUGAGGUAACCGGCAUAUCAUUGCCAGUUACACUUUAUCGAUUGACAAUCUGAUUCCCUUUUUACCGGAGACCGGUGAACGGGCUGGAUGUGUAUGGACAGGUUAUGUAGUGGUAUUCCCACAGGUUGCGGCUAUUUACUCCGUGUUAGUUACUUCUUUUGAUACAUGGACACAAUAUUGUAUCGGAUCUGGUUAUGAUACAUUGAUAAUAACUUAAGUUGAUACAUGCUGCAUAGCUUUCCUAGUGGGAGUCCAAUUUAUUUUGCUUAGUUUUGUUUCUACGUUUUUUGUUAUCAUUUCUCACCUUUUAUUGUGUGCAUAUUUUUGCUUGCACUGCCGUAAUGGACUUCUCGAUUAAGUCAGGCAGUCAUAGCUAGGGUAUAUGUGUUUUUGGUUUAAUGAUAAAGUAUCUUCGAGAUUUUUAAUUAUGAUUACUUUGUCCAUCGUAUGUCAUACUUGAUAGUGUUGGAACAGAUUUUUGCCUCUUUUUUUGUUAUUAUUUGUUUAGGGUUACCCCCUUAUCUGUUCCUAUUGAUAUAGUGACAUUGAUCUUCUGGCCAUUCAUUUAUUUAUUUACUAUUUAGCAGCCUUGGUUUAUUUUUCUCAAAAUUUUAAAUGAAUAUAUUCAUUGACUAUGGGGGAUUCCACUUAAUGUAAACUUGACACAACAGGUUUACUUUAAAAGAAAUUCCUGUGAGUCCGUUUUCAUUUUUUUAAGAUGAUUUAUGCCUUUCUUUUGGACAUUCUUGAAUGCGACAAAUAAGCUGUUAAACAUAAGCUGUUAAACAUACAUAUUAAGUUCUGUUUAUAGCACUGCUAUGUUAAACAUCUUACAAUGUAUCAUUAUUCUAUUAUUUAAUGUGUUUUUGUUUUAAAGCACUUAAUUAUGCAUGAUUCUCAUAUUUUAAACUUUUUUUAUUAAUUUAAAUUAAUUGGUAAAUGUUGGCUCCCUACGGUGUGUAUGCAUUUCUAUUACAAGUUUUAUUAAUCCGUUUGUAUAUUUUGUUGAACGAGUGUGCUGUUGGAUUUUCUUUCUAAUCUCUGCCUACUUUGCCUUACUAGAUAGCGUACCCAGGAGCUGGGGUGUUUCCGCAUAUCAUUGGAGGCUCUGACUUGAUUGCUCAUGAUAGAAAGAAAAAUUCAGAGCUUGAACAAUGGUUACGUCAGGAAGUUGAGGUAAGAGGAGAUGGAAUUCCCGAAGAUACAUAAGAAUAUAAUGGAAUAUAGCAUUCUACUCUGAUGUUGAGAAGUAGCUAUGUCCUGUGCCCAUUAUAUUAACUGUCAUGUUACUUUAUUUUUUAUCAACCUUUACUGGUUUUACUUCUGUAACUUAGAACUUACAUUCACCAUGUACUUAGAACCAUAUUCACACCCGCCACUUCACCUGCUCUAUGUGAACUAGAGGUGGGAAGAGCAGUCUCAAAAGAAAGCACCAUAGAGAGUACUGUAAUAAUAUAACUAUAUUGUGUAUUGAAAACACAAUGUAUUUUGUAACCAGUGUAGAAUAAAUUUCACUCACUUUGGAACCUGAGCAUCAGCUAUAUAUACAGUUUAUAUAUUUGCUUUUAUCAGUUUAUGGGAUUUCCUUUCAUGACAAAAUUAAAUAAACUACUAUUAAGACUUGAAGGGACAAGAUAAGCUUGAGUUGUAAAGGGGGUUUCUUGUGGAUAACCGUAACCUCUGCAAAUUCAUUUUGUUAGUCAUUGUACUAAUUCCUCCAGAAAAUGUGCUUUCUGAUUUGGUUGACAGGUUUUACCCCCUUUAGGUUACACAUGUCCGAUUGCUGGAGACAAAUGAACAAAGCUAAGGGUGACCGUACAUAUAGUUGUAUAUUAUACGUAAUUACUUGGGAUACUGCAGACACUUGAGCUGUAAUAUGCAUUUGGUAGAGCAAUGGAUCAUGUAAGAAAAUAAAAUUAAACCAUCCUUAUGUUUUUUGUUCAUGGUGGAAGAGUGCCAUUAAGGAAACUUUGGUGAUCUCUUCCAAUGCUCACAUGGUUUUUCACUAAAGUGAGAAUUGAAGGUGAAUUCAAAGUAAAUUUCAAAUUGAAGGUCAAAAUUGCCAAACCUGAAAAAUCUUCUAAGUCUGCUAUCCUUUCAGUUUGGCUACUCAUGCCUUUGAGUAAUUUGAAAAUUAUCUUUGAACUCUCACUUUAGUUAAUGUAGAGACUCUAGCUGGUGUUAUUCCAUUAUAUCAAAAUUUAAAAGCGCACUAUAGUGUCAGGAACACAAACAUGUAUAUGUUUACUAUCGUGGUGAAUAAAUAUUUAGGUUCCUGGCCCUCUCUCUUUACAUAAAAAAGUGAUUUUACUCACCUUUUCCAGCCCCGAGGCUGGCCCCACUCGGCUCUGCAUGCAUGGCUGAGAUCUUUAAAUUUUGAUGAUCUUAGCCAAUCUAAUGCAUGUCCACAGGAAUCCAUGCAUCUCUAUGUGGAACGCUCAGUGCCUCCAUGCAAAGCGUGGAGAUGCUAAAUGCCAGCGCUGCACAAUGUGUAGCACUAAUCCAGGAAGCACCUCUAGUGGCCAUCUGACUGCCACUAGAGGUGUUAGUAGGCAGUAAUGUAAACACUGCCUUUUCUCUGAGUAUGGUGAAAGUAUAGCUGUAGAUUGAGAUCGAUUUAAAAGUAUCGUUUUAGUGAAAACAUUGCUAAUUCUAGUGUAGUUUUUAGUGUAGUUUUAGUCUAAGUGGCGUUACUAAACCCCCUGUAAAAUUUGAAUUCUCAAUGGGUUGCAGGUAGUACAUGAUGUCUGUCUGGUUCACUAGAGCAAUAAUUGCCCAGUCUGUACAUGUCCUUCAUAUUUGUAUAUAGCGCUAUUGCAAUAAACAUCUCUUAACAUUGACACUGACUAUAUCUGCAGGAACAAACUCAGCAAGCCCAGGAAGAAUUGAUGGCUGAGGAUCUAUUCAGGUUAGUUAUACCACUAAAUAAUUUAUAAGAACUUUGUGUUACCUUCAACCUUUGUUCCUCUACCUUAAGCUUAUUUUCUCUAUUUACAAAAGAGAAGCAGUUUGUUUUUUUAUGUAUGUAUGUUUGUGUACGUGUGUGUGUGUGUACACAAACCUACACACACACGAUAUCUCCCUCUUCCUCCUUGUUACAUGAACACUGACUCUAUAUUUUGUUUAAAGGCUGUAGCCUUUUCUGUCAGGCUGUUUUUGAAGAGCAACGAACAAUUGCAACAUUGUGGGUAUUGGGUGAGGUGCAGAAGUGGGAGUGAGAAUUAAAAAAUAAGUGGAGUACCCAAAUCCAACAUGGAUUUUCUAAACACAUCAUCUCUACAUGUACAUCAAAAACUGCAAAAUUAUACCAUUAGCAGGGUUUUAAAUCACCUUGUGUUGAAAUCAUGAAAACAGAAAAAGUACAUUACUUUUUUUAACUUUAUAUGCUUUUUUUCUGCAAAUAUUUGCUGUAUUGUUUGCUUAAUAAGGUACAUGGACAAAAGCAUUCUGUUUGAGAAGAGGUUACUGGCUCAGCCUUUCCUCGCGCUCUGGCUGUGAAGCAGAGUUACUUGCAGUGGUUGCUGUGUUUUUCCUUCCUGCCUUUCUGUAAAGAUAAUCAGAAGUUGCUUAGAAACAGCAGCAGCCGGCAAUUUAAUUUCCAGCUAAGUGAUGAUGCAAUCUGGCUUCAGAUUUUCCUUGCGUAAGCAAAUAGGGCUUAGUAAAUGGGAUUUGAAACAAGGGAAUGUUUAAUCACUUUAUAGUAUCCCAGCUAUUUAUGUAUCCACGCCAUACACAUUCUUCAGUGAUACAUAUAGACUUUUUCUUUCUUCCUUCUUUUCCCCAAUAUAUCUACAAUUCUUGUCUGACGGGGUUAUUUACCAAACACCAGAUUUUGUCAGGAUGCACAAGAUCCAGUUAAAAUGACACAAACUAAUCUACAGCAAUUGCGAGGAUGCAUUCGGAGUCCGGAUUGAUAUCCACAUUCAUAUAGGAGUAUAGCAUUCUAAAAAUACACAAAGCACUGGUUGUAAUAAAUGUGGGACUCUGUUCAUCCAGCGGGGACGCACAUUUGCAAAUUAUCGUUCUUUUGCUUUCAAUGCAAAUUAAUGAUCAUUUUAAGUAGCUCUAGCAGCCAGUAGGCAAAUAGUUUUAAAAAUCCUCGGCAAUGCGAGUGUUAAUUAUGUAACGGCUGGCAAACACUUGCUAGCCAGUCACCACAUAAAUUUAAAAAAAUAAAAUAAAACCUAUGGAACCCCCCAUAGUAUGGGGGUCAAUAAGAAGAGAGUAAGACUUAUUAUUAUUAUUAUUAUUAUUAUUGGUAUUUAUAUAGCGCCAGUAUAUUUCGUAGCGCUUUACAAUAUUAUCAAAGGGGAGAUUUAACAAUAAAUGAGACAAUUACAAAAACUUACAGGAACAAUAGGUUGAAGAUGGCUCUGCUCAAACAAGCUUACAGUCUAUAGGAGGUGGGGCGUAAAACACAACAGGACAGGAGGUAGCAAUCAAACAAGGUGGGAGUGGAGUAGAGUGCUGUCCUUUAGGAGAGAGCACGGGACAGGUACGUGAAAAAGAGGUUACUCUGGGAGGUCAUAAGCUUUCCUAAAGAGAUGGGUUAUCUCACCUCUAUAUGUACGCAGGUGGGAGCCUAUCUGCUUAACCUUUAAAACAAGUAAUGGCACAGCCAAUGGGGAUUGGGUCUGUGAAAUUACAGUUGGGGGGCAUAGUGCCCCUAUGACACCAACCAUGAACAUUAGGUGGGAGACAUAAAAAUAAUGAGGUUUGGACAGAUCACUGUCAUUUUAACUAUAAUAUUAAGCACUAUGACCUUCACCCAGCCCAUUGGAUCUAAUUAAAAUAUUGAAGGGAGGGAAUCUAAUGCCAUUCCCCCGUCACUCAUGGGGGGCUUGUGGGUUCUUUAAUUAAUUAAACAAUGUAAAGGUGAACAUGCUAUUGUCCAUCCUCUUACCCCUUCCUGGGUUGCACACUUAGCCACCCCCAAUUAAAGAGUAAGGACCAUAACUACCUUCCCCCCUGCCCUAACAGUGAAGCCAAUUUGAGCUAAUAAAAUGAAUACCUGUUAAGAAAAUAUACUGGACAUGUUGCCCUAGCUGAGCAACAUGCCAAGUAAUGCAAUCUAAGUUUAUAAACCUUUAUCAUAUAAUUUCCAUUGUUUGUUUUUAAAAGUAUUGGAUUACUAAAACUGGCCUUUUACGAUUGGUCUAUAACAUGAGACAUGCUGAAGCAUGAUUGCACUGUGACUGGCUCCCUGUUAUCAGGAUCAGCGGAUAAAUAUCUUGUUACUUUUAUAACAAAGCUAUUUUUGAAUGAUAUAAAAAUAUAUGUAUUUUUCUUUUCUUUUUUUUCGUUUUUAGAUACAAUCCAAAGUCUAUGAAAAGAAGAAGAUAA